AGAAGAUUAUGUUGCAAGCUGCGGUCGACCUGUCCUCUACUGGACCUAUUUAUGUCAACUGUUUAUUUUAACCUAGAAAUAUGGUUCAUCGGAUUACUCCGAGGAUUUAUAAUAUCUUGUUACCCACGUGCUAAAUCACAAGCUUGAAUCGCUAUUCUGACACUAUUUGACAGGCAUGCCGGUACAAAUUGCCACGAGAUGAUGAAUUUCCUACAGAGUUACCUGCUGGUUCAUCUUCCCAUCCCUUUCAUAUCAAUUGUUAUCAUUGUCACCGUGGUCUUCGUCUUCAUUGUACGGAAACAGGUCGUAAAGACCUGGAUCACGUCCUUGAUUUCCCAGGUUAUUAAUUCCAUCCUAGCCAGGAGCUAUCGAAUCAGAAAUAUAGAAAAUGGUUCCGAACUACCAACUAUCCCAUACGUCUUCCCCAAUGGCCAAGGGAACGUUGAGAAGUUUCUCCAAGGACGAGCGAACAGUGAGAAGUGGGAGACCCAGUAUGGAAGCCUUUACCGUCUCUGGUCUGGAAUGAAGGGGGAAGUCGUUUUGACCAAGCCCGCACACGUUGAGCUCGUAUUUCGAGACUCUCACACGCACACAAAAGCCCAUGCAAACGACAGCGGCUACCUAAUGGACCGGUUACUUGGCUCUUGUCUUGGCCUGAUCAGCGGCUCACCCUGGAGAACAGUCAAAGCCGCAGUUGAGGCGCCAUUCUUGCACCAGUCGACAAGAAGUCUCGUUACCGAAGUGCAGGAGUUUACCAAGACGUACAUGUCUGCGCUGGGUGUGGAGAAUGAAGUAUUUAGAAACUACGGGAAACUGCAUCCGGUACGCGACCUAAAAUUACUCCCAUUCCUUUUCACUGCAAGAGUCGUGUAUGGGUCGUUGGACGCGGGCCUAGAGGAAGAGUUGAGGGAUCUGGUCAGACCCAGGGAGGAGCUUUUCAAAAGCGUGGUCGGAGGAGGCGCCACUAGGUACGCCUUCUCACGAUUUCUCCCUCUCCCUGCAAUCCGCGCACUUCACGACUUCAAGGACCGCUGGGCCGCUUGGAGCGACCGGGCGCAUGAUUUUGCUCUCAAGACACAGUCAGGAAAAGCGGAGGCCCCUGUUAUUGGCAUGUACAAAUAUGUAGAUGCAGGUGUGAUGACCCGCGAGCAGCUGCUGCAAACGCUCGACGAGAUGCUGUUUGCAAAUAUCGACGUGACUAUGGGAGGCUUAUCGUGGACUCUCGUCUUCCUUGCAGCAAACCCCGCAGUACAAAACGCUCUCAGGAAUGAGAUAUGGACAAACUCCUCGAGAACGACGACCUCGACAGCAACACGCGAUGAUUACCUACUCUCAUCAUCUAAGACAACACCGACUCUGCUCGGUGCAUGUAUACUUGAAUCUGCUCGUCUGCGACCACUCGCAGCAUUCUCCGUUCCCCAGUCAUGCCCAUCCCCUCGCACUCUUGACGGCUUUGAAAUCCCAGCCGGGACAAAUUUUGUCGUUGACUCGUACGCCCUCAAUAUUAGAGACCCAUUCUGGGGCGAUGACCGAGAGAAAUUCCGACCGCAACGCUGGCUAGAAAGACAGAAAAGUGGGCGAGAUCUGCGCUAUCGCUUUUGGCGGUUUGGGUUCGGCCCACGGACAUGUCUAGGGAAGCACAUGGCGGAGCUGGUGUUAAGAAGUGUCAUUGUUGAGCUAAUGGAGAACUGGAGCAUCUCGUUGAACCCCACGCUUGUGAAGCGAGGGGAGCAGAUUGGGAGGGAAGAUGGUGACGACGAAGGCGAGGAGAACAUGGACUGGUCCUGGGAUGACGAAAUGUGGAUUCAUCAUCCUGAUCUGAUGUUGAGAUGCGAGCCGUUAACAGGACAGUCUGUAAAAGAUUAGCCUAGGCGUCAAUUUUGGAGAGAGUAAAAUACCC